AGGUCUAUCACGUCUCUUGCCCUCUAGAGAGCAUGCGUGGCUUAGGCCUUCACACAGCAGAAGGACAGCACGCCCUGGUUGGGAGCAACACAGGGGCUUAUCCUCUUUUGAAAACCAGUACUGGGGGUCAGAAAUACGUUCCUUUUCCUCUAGGUGACAGAGAUGCCAUAGUAGAUAAACUGCCCAGUAUUACAGCUGGUGGGAGUCUUUGGUUGGCAGAGUUAGACCUGCUGACCUCUGGAAUGACUCUAGCGCUGGGAGAUUUCAGAGCAAUAAUGAGCAGAGCUAUGUCUGGCAUGGUUAUGAGAGACAUAGAACACGCAGCAGGGACCCAAAAUGUAAGUAAUUCUACUCCAGCACAUCAAUUCAUCACACCUUUGGCGCGGGAAAUAAAAAGGCAGUUUCCACUGGCCACAAUCACUCCCAUCACCAGGUUUGAAUGGGAUUACAGCAUGGAUCCUAAAGAAUACAUAAAUAAAGCUGCAGAAACCUGGCUCGGACAAACUACAAUUAAUCCAAAAGGCCCACAUUCAAACUUAACUGAAAUGUUUAGAGAGGCAAUCUUGAAAGGUGUUCCUGAACAGGUUGUACAAUCUAUGAGAAAUAAUCCAGAUUUAACAAGGUGCGAGUACGUUAGAUGGGAGAGGCAUCUGCUUCAUCACUUAUUAAAGGCACAAGAUGAGUUGAAGAAAAAGCAGUCUGACACAAAGGAUUUAGAAAUUCAGCUGUUGAAGCUCCAAUUGCAGGAAGCAAAACAAAAAUUGAAUAAGAAGACAGAUAAAAAAGAACAUGUGAUGGUUAAUGCAACUUCCUGGCAAAACACUAAUCAGAUUGGGGGAGGACUGGUUCCUCUUCCUGUUUUUUCUGUUUCAUAUCCUCAAAACAGGUACAGAGCGUUUCCUCGUGGGCGGGGAAGGCGUUUGGCCGGUCACGAGGGCGGUGCUCCGUGGAGGGGUCGUGGGGCGCGGAUCAGGGGACCACAGGAGGAGGACAUAUGCUACCGAUGUGGAUGUGUUGGACACUAGGCAAAACAUUGCUGGGCCAUACCAAAUCACGGGGAACCAGGUAUGAUCCCCCACAAUCCCAAUACUAUACCUGGACAGUCUUUUCAGGGGAAUAACGAGCCCACACAGAACAUCUAGUGACACGCCCCUGGAGACCCACAGCCCAGCAUGGGAACUGCAGACCCCAUGCUGUCAGCAACACUGGAGAGGAGAGAAACACACUUCCUGGAGGACACAGGUGCUACACACAGCACAUUGAACUUUGUUUCUCCCCUCAGUUUGACGUCACAAACUGUAUCUUUAACUGGGUUCUCAGGGACAGAACAAAGUCUGCCUUUCACUAAGUCUCUGACCUUCACACUGGGCAAUCAGCACCUGCAACAUUCUUUUGUCAGCUCUCCCACAACUCCCGUCAAUUUGCUAGGAAGAGACUUACUGAUAAAACUGGGAGCAACAAUUAUGUGCUCUGUGAAUGGAUUAAUUGUUUCAUUUCCCGAUGGCACGUCCCUCCCUUGUGCAAACUUUCACACGGAUGGACAAUUUCUCAUGCAGCCAGUUGUUUCUGAGUAUGCAACAUAUAUUGGGGCCUUUUAACGAACUUACCCUCCAGCCGUCUAAUGUCAACGUUUGUGGACUGGAAACCUUGGCUCCUGUGUCUGCGCUCUUGCGUCUCUUCUCCGGAUCCCCCCCACGUGACCCUGUUCUACGACAGAGACGUCUCUGAAUGGUACCAGGAACCUUUCCUUUCCACUUUGGAGGAAACAACCUGGGAGGUAAAAUCUCAGAUAUUUAUGUAGCUCCAGUUGGUGUAGCUCCUGCUGUUUCUUUCACAGAAACGCAGUCAGAAUGGUAUCAAAUGUCUGAUGAAGCUGUGCCUCACGUCUCUCUCUGUUUGCACCCUGAGCACCAAGCAAAAGAAUUGGGCCCAAUGAUGAAACGCUCCCUGGCAGCCACAGAUUGGAGUGCGA